UACAAUCUGGACAUUCUGUGUUAGCCUGCUGACUGGUCAUCUGUUUGCCAUUAAGGUUGACAAGAGUGGCCUGUCAUCUGAUUUGUGGGUAUAAAAAUUAUCAGUGAUCCAACAUGAGCGACACCGAAGAUCCUGUCUUAAGCGUCAAACGCAUCAAGCAAUUGGAAAAUAAAAACCUUAAACUCAGAAAACUCCUAGAUGCGGCCAUCGAAGUGAUCAACGAUGAUGCUGCGGGGGGAUUCAAACCCAAAGUCGUUUCUGAUUGUGAGGGAGAAAACAGUGAAGAAAGUAGAAAUCAUCUAGAGGAAGAACAUGCGAAACUAAGAACAAAGCUAACCGAAGCGUUGGACGCUAUAAAUAAAGAACAGCAACAUUGCCAAGGUAUGAGCACAGAGGAGCAGCUAAGGGAAGCUGUGGGGAAAUUAGAAGCUGAAAAACAGUCUUUGAUAAGACAAAUUAAAGAUAUUGAAGAUAAUGAAAGUGUGCUGUCUCAAGAGAGCUUCAUCCUACAGGAAAGACUAUCGCAACUAGAAAGUAGGCGAGAACUUUUUGCUAGAUCAAGACAAUCGGCAGGUUCUCGAUCAUUAGCGUCUCAUGAUUCCAUUUCGACUCAUUUCAAUAUAAUAGAAAAUACUCAUAAAAUGUAUAUAAAUACUUUAGAUGAGCACCAAAUGUUGGAAAGCAAAGUAUCUCAAGCAGAACUUAAUAAAAAAAUCAUCAGCUCAAACACCAAUUUAAUAAAUAAAAUCAAAGAUGUGCAAUCUAAGCUGAAUACUAGUCUGGGCACUAACUGUAACCUUAUAAAGAAUCUGGAUGAGCCAAGAGAUAGUGUUGAUAUAGAUGUGCAAAUUACUGAGAUGGAACGCCAGAAAGAAGCUUUGUAUGAUCAACUCGAGCAAUCCUUGGAACAUUCAUCCAAGGAAAUAAGCGGUUUGAGCGACCAUUUGUCUGAUCCGGAAAUCAAAAGGCUGGUACACGAAAUCGAGAUACAGAAGACAGUUUUACUCUACAAUUUGAGAAUGUUAAAGCUGAAAGAUUCCUUAAGGCAAUGUGAGCAAAGUGAUGAGUUUGAUCCAGAAGCCAAUUUAAGUAAUGUACCGACAGCUUCGGAGCUUGAUGUUAGAGGGGAAGGCAUAUAUUUGGAUGAAGCAGAAGAUAAGCAGGUAUACGUUCCAAGUAACAAUCCUCCAGAACCUGCCGUAUUUAACGAUGAUCAAGUAUUGCUUCAGAAUGAAAUCGAGAGAUUGGUAAAUGAAAGGGCAGCUUUGUUGGGACAGCUUCGUUGCAUAUCAGAAACUUCCGCUAGGCGUUUUGAAGAACAGCAGUCUCCAGACUUGACAGAACGCCUCCACGAUACUUUCAUGAAGGAGCAGUCCUCUGACGACAUUGUGAGGGGUACUCAAGUCUUUGAUGACGCCACCAAUCAGAUGUUCGCAGAUGAAGAUGCAAGACUAGAACAAAGAAUAAGAGAGCUGGAGAUAGAAAACGACAGGAUCAGGAAAGAGUUGGAUAGUCUUACCGUACAGAUUCAGGACCAAAGGGAUCAGAUCUGUACGGUUCCAGGGCAAGACCUCAAAGAGAAGAUUAAGGAGCUUGAAACUCCUGAUUCUUCUUAAGUUGCUCACUUAAAUAUAUUUUGUUGUGGAAUAAAUCCUUGCUGAAAAAUUUUCUUUAUUUUAUAACCAUUUAAUAAAGCGAGUUGUGUGCG